UACUGUUUCAUUUGCAAUAAUUUUAUUCCUGAGGCGCGUGUAAUUUCGCCAGGUGCUUGCAUAAACCGGAACCUUUUGUUAAUUUGAUCUGACUCGAUCGAAUAUAACUGUUUUUAUACAGCUGAUAAAAUAGUUCCAUUGGAAAGGAAGUACUAUCGUAAUAGCUCCGAGCGGAAACAUGAGUCGUAUCGUCAGUACUGGUUCGGUGAUUGGCGCGAGUGGACGCAACAUGGCUAGUAACUUCCAGAAGGUUACACAUUGUAUCUUCGACAUGGAUGGACUUCUGUUAGACACAGAGAGGCUGUACACCGAGAUGACGCAGAGCAUUUGCGAUCCGUAUGGAAAAUCCUACACCUGGGAGAUCAAACAGUCGGUGAUGGGAUUACAGCGGGAUGAGGCUGCUGUCGCGAUCGUAAAGGCGCUUGAUUUGCCCAUUACUCCAGAAGAAUACAUCACGAUCUCCACCGAGAAAAUCAACCAGCUGAUGGGAAACUGCAUUAUGAUGCCAGGUAUGCUAACCAUUGACCAGACCCGGCUAAUGGAGUUCUUUCUCUUUCUUUCUUCCCCAACAGAUACAGAGAAGCUUUACGAGAAAAUUUUGGGCGAUUUGAUCAAAUCGUACAGCAAGCCAUAUCCGUGGGCCACCCGAAUGAAGGUCAUGGGCACAACCGAGCAGAAAACCUGUUCAAUCAUUGUGAACGAUCUGAAACUGUCCUGUACAGUGAAUGAGUUUUUGAAAAAGUUUCGCGAGAAACAACUUACGGAUCUUCGUGGCGCUCCUCUGCUGAGAGGUGCUGAACGUCUAGUCAAACAUUUACACAAACACAACAUUCCCAUUGCGCUGGCGACCAGUUCUGGAGAAGACUCGGUUGAGGUGAAGACUCAAAACCACCGGGAAUUGUUCGAUCUGUUCGGUCACAAAGUUAUGGGAUCAUCCGAUGCCGAUGUAAAGGAGGGUAAACCUGCUCCGGAUAUAUUUUUAGUGGCUGCAUCACGUUUUCCAGAUGCACCUAAACCAGAGCAGUGCCUUGUAUUUGAGGAUGCUCCCAACGGUGUGACGGCGGGAAUCUCCGCGGGUAUGCAGGUGGUAAUGGUGCCCGACCCCCACAUAAACGAGGAUCAGCGGAAGCACGCGACCCUCGUUUUGGAGUCAUUGGAGGAAUUCAAACCGGAACUUUUUGGACUUCCUGCUUUGAGCUAGAGCAACGACUCGAACGCAGCGUUAGUAAGAUUACAAUAGAUUAUGACUGUCUUUCGAUAGGAUCGAAUUUAUCUUCUUUAGUUGUUUUACGGAUAUGAGCCGGAGUCUAAGGUGGAAUAGAGUUAAUUUAUUUUAGAGCGCGAA